GCAUUGGCGCCGAAAACCCCCCCAACCAGCGAAAGAGGCGGACACACGGCGAUGGCGGCGGCGGCGGCGGGGGAGGAGGCGGAGAGCUCUGCCGCCGGCGAGCAGCGGCGCAUGCCCUUCGCUCGUGGCGGGCCCGUGUUCGUCCCCUUCAUGGUCGGACCCGUCUCCACGGUCCCCGAGUUCAUGUCCUCCGCGCUCCACGAGCUGCAGUCGCUGAAAGAUGAAUUGGGCGAUCCUGGUGAUGAAUUCGACGAAGAGCUCUGCGUAGAUGAGUUGAGGGUCCUCUCAGAGGAGGAGCUGGUGGAGCGCGCUCUCCGGGAGGCUAUGGAGGAGGGCUGGGAUUCCACUGCUUUGUCACAGCUGGAGGAUCAGAGGAUUGAUGGAGGAAUGUCAGCUAGUUCCACCUUUGGAAAUGGUGCUAUCACAUCAAGCUCAUCAGGUGAGAGAGAGACUUCCAGAUCACCUACUGAGGAUACGGCAAGCAUACCACAUGUGCAUGGAAACAACGGUAAAACAAGAGGGGUAAAAGGGGAAACUAGAGGCAGGAAGCGAAAAAAUGUCACUCCGACCUUAAAUUCGUCAGUUGAAACGGAGAUACCUGGACCAUCUGUUGACACGGCAGUUGUACCAUACGUACCACAACAAGGCAUCGAAGGGAAAACAGGUGGCAUGAAGGGGAAAUCCAGAGGAAGAAUGAAAAAAGGUGGAAAUACCACUUCAAAUUCAUUAGGCGAGAAUCUGGAAGUUGUUUCACAUGAGUCUGUACCACCUGUCGAGGAUCUGGAAGUUGUUUCACAUGAUGCUGCAGGCGCAGAUGGAGAUACAAAAUGCGGAAAGGGCAAAAAGAGAGGCAGGCAUUUUGAUAGAGAAGUUCGAGCACAUAUUUUACAAGGGAGCUAUCUUACUAAAGCAGUGAAGAUGGCAGAAAUUAAGGCCAAACAAGAGGAAGACAAACAUGCAGCCAGCUUGCACUCAUUCAGUGGUGAUUCUGUGUUGGCCAAAGUUUCUAAGCCAUCAGCUGAGAAAGUUGAUGUUGCAAAAUCUCUUAGGUACAUCAGCACAACUUGGAAGAACAAAACUUUCAAACCUGGGGAGCACAGACCUGUAGUCUAUCCAGAAGUACUUCUGUGUGUGGAAGUUUAUGAGAAGAGAUAUGGCUCUGUGAAAAGCCAGGAAUUUCUAGUGUUGGGAAGCCAGCUCCUUACAGAUCUUAGAGACAAUAUUUACUGUUUCAAAGACAAGCUGAUGAAUGUGGCAAAGCAACACGUUCAUUCUGGUUAUUUUCUUAUUGAGGACACAUUCUAUAAUGACACAAGGCGUUCUACUGUUGAUUAUAGUAAACCUAUACUUGACUGGAUUAAAAAUUCCAGAAAUGAGGCGGAAGAGAAGUGGGAUGCCAUUACUUCUGGUGUGCUGAAGAAACGACAAAAGGAUUUACUGAUGGGUUUGAAUGUUUCAAAUGUUCCUGAUUUUAAAUCUGCAAAAAUGGAAAAGACUCGCUUUUCUGAUCUGAACUUCCGUCUCGGUGCUGGGUACCUCUACUGUCAUCAGGGAAACUGCAAACACAUGAUUGUGAUCAGGGACAUGAGGUUGAUCCACCCGGAGGACACACAGAACCAAGCGGAAUACCCUCUCAUGACAUUCCAGAUGCAGAGGCGGCUACAGAAGUGUUCGGUGUGCCAGAUCUUCCAUGCCACGAAGAUGACGGUGGACGACAAGUGGACUCUGAACAAUCCCUGUUAUUUCUGCGACAAAUGCUACUACCUCCUCCACUACAAAGAGGACAACUCACUACUUUAUCACCAUACUGUAUAUGAUUACCUCCAGGAGUAAAGUACUCUUCGAUGCAAGUAUAUUUUAUCUGUUGCAUGUAGCCCGGAUCACAGGUGCAUCUUUCGAUUUGUUGUCCGUAAACUGGGCAGUUUUGGAGCAACAGAGGUAUUCUUCGUGUC